GCGUACGGGCGCUUGUUUGAUGAUGACGAGGAGUUCGAGUGUUGGUUGUUGCGAGGCCUGUCGUUGUACCUCGACGGCGGUGAUCGAGGUCUGCUUCUGCGGUCAAUUGCGCUGUCUCUAGCUGGGGGAGCUCGCGAUCUAGUUGCCUUGUCUUGGACGAUUUCGCCCUCGGACGCCGAACUGUAGCCCAUGAUGAUGCUCUGGCUUGGUGAAGAAAGCAACAAGCGGACCUUCAGAGCAGGAAGGGACUAGAUGUUGCCGCAAAGACGGAAGGGACUAGAUGUUGCCGCAAAGACGGAAGGUGCAAGAUCUUGUCGCAAAGACGGAAGGUGCAAGAUCUUGUCGCAAAGACGGAAGGUGCAAGAUCUUGUCGCAACGACAGAGGGACCUCAAGGAAGCAUCAACCAUGACAUGCGACUCUGAUAGACUUCAAGGUCCGUGCUCCUUCCUCGAGAUGAAUUGCCAUCCAUGUCAACUUUUUCCCAACCCUCCUUCAGGAAGUCACACGUCUACCACAUCUGUCUUUAGAAUGCUCGCUACUCGUGCUCGAAUCGUACCGCGCUUUAUCCCGUUGGCUAGGCCAUCAAUUGUUGCACGUCGCUUCUACGCCGACCUGCCUUCGACCACGCCAUCAUCUUCGCCGUCUACGCCUCCGCCUCCGCCUCCGCCGACAACUUCUGCCUCAACUGCUCCUGUGGCUGCUCCUACCACUCAGCCUAGACCUACUGCCUCGCCUGAUGUUAUCCCUAUUCCUCAGCAGCAACGUCCCCGUAAAAUGCAGGAUGGCUACAGUGGUGGCUUCUACUUAUCUCUACUGGGUGGCCUGUUGCUUGCCGCACCCCCAAUCACUUACUUUUACUGGGAGCACCGCAAGACACACAUGAGGGAGAAGAAGGAAGCCAUCCUAAAGGAGAUUCACGCCAGGGUCGGUGUUGCAUAAAUGCCGUUUGCCCAUGAUUGUCAAGAAUAACGUACAAGAACUACCAUAAAACUCCAAAGGCACUCAAGUCCUGUCGUCCGCCUU